GCAGGAAGGGGAAUUCGCUGUGCUCUUCACGACACUCCUAGAUUUGCUCGGUAACAUAACCUCUGAGGUGGCAUUGUCGGCCAUCAUCCCCUUUGUGGAGCGCAAGGGCAUAGGCUGGGUCCUGCCACUCCACGAAACCAUAGACACGGUCAUUGCUGGAACGGUCUUCGCCGUGGCCUUGAAUUUCAUCCUCUUUGGCACGACAAAGAUCCUGUCAGUGUUGGGGAUCUAUCACGACAUCUUGAUUGGCACACCUUUGCGGCUCAUCGGCUUUGCCAUUCUGCCAGAGAAGAGGCCGAAAGAGACGCCUCUGAUUCAGAUCAACUGGCCCGGCAUGCCUCCGCCGAAGGAAGAGCAGGAGUCGAAGUGCGAAGUCCAGUACUUUGCCACCGCUAGCCCACUCAAGUUGCAGCUUCAAUGGCUGAACACCCUCUCCACUUCCAUCACUCGGAGAUGCUACGGAAUCUUUGCCGGUAUCCUGAAGGACCUGUGGGUGGAUCUGUGCACGAACAGCAAGACAGGUACAGACUUCUUGGAGGGUGUGGACACCUUUGCGGGGAGAUACCUAGCUUUCCUCAGCAUCCUCUAUGUGGCCUUCAAGUGGGCGCAUUUCAAGCUCUUCAAUGAUUUCCCGCCCUUCUAG